AUGUCUGUGGCACUGGACAGUCAGUGUCCAGGCCAGCAGCCUUGCCUCUGGAGCCAGGCGCCAAGCCCCUGGGAGGAGAUUGCCUCACUGAUAUCCUUGGACACUAACAAGAAGAACAUUCGGAACGUCUGGAAUGUGCAGGGCCACAUGUCUACGCUGUCAGAACAAAGCUGGCUGCUGCGGACCCGUGUGAAGCUGCUGCGGACCCGUGUGAAGCUGCUGCGGUCCCGUGUGAAGUUGCUGCCAAGAAACGGGUCCUGUGUUGGAAAUCUGGAGAUAGAUGUGUUUGCUCUUUGCAUCUUCCUAGGUGUUUCCUGUAAUGUUUCUGUGGAUAAGGAACAGAAGCUAUCCAAACGUGAAAAGGAAAAUGGUUGCAUCCUUGAGACUUUGUACUGCACGGGGUGCUCACUCAACCUCGGCUACGUGUACAGAUGCACACCCAAGAAUCUUGAUUACAAGAGAGACUUGUUUUGCCUCAGUGUUGAAGCCAUCGAAAGUUAUGUUUUAGGGUCCUCUGAAAAGCAAAUUGUGUCAGAAGAUAAAGAGCUUUUUAAUCUUGAAAGCAGAGUUGAAAUAGAAAAGUCUCUAAAACAGAUGGAAGAUGUCUUGCAAGCAUUACAAAUGAAGCUGUGGGAGGUUGAAUCAAAAUUGUCCUUUGCCACUUGUAAAAGCUGAACUCUAGUCUGUGUCCUCCAUUCUGUCCCCACCCUUCUUCCCUUUAUUUGUUAAAUGAAGCAACAUAGUGAGAUGUCGCUACCAAAAAAAAAAAAAGAAAAAAAUAGCCAGGCAUGUGAAAGGCUGAGGUGGGAGGAUCACUUGAGCUUGGGAGGUCAAGGGUGCAGUGUGAUCAUGCCAGAGUGAGACCUUGUCUCAAAAAAAAGAGAAAGACGCCACAAUUGUAGCAUUACUUUUAUAGCUAUUGUUGAAAAACGUGCGCUUUGAAUGAAGAGAACUUCCAAACAAGCUUCAUGUGAGCAACAUGGCUAUUUAUCCACCUGGGUGCAGGUGGGCUAAGGUUGAAAAGGGCAUUAGCAAAGGGCAGUGAGCUAGUGGUUGGUUUUAUAGGUUUCGGCAGUUUUUUUGGGGGUGAGGGUGUUGCAGAGUACAGUUACAGUGGUGGAGUUGGGUAAGAGGUAUUUACAUUAUCAUAAGAAUAGUUAAGAUGUCAGGGUUGGGUGAGAGGUAUUUACAUUAACAUAAGAACAGUUAAGAUGGCAGGGUUGGGUGAGGGGCUUGUCCGGGGGAACAGGGACAAUGUCGAACAAGCAGGCAUAGGGUGGGAGACUUCAGCCAGGCAAGCAGGAAUUCAGACUUUCAGGCUCCAGGCUUGCAUAUGGAAACCUGACAGCUAUAUUUUGUGGAAAAGAAGUGACUGUUUCUCAAAAUCCCAUUUUAAAGCCGUUUUAUGGUACUUGUUGGAAUUGGGACUUAGGAGUUUUGAUUUUGUUAAGAAACUGCGAUGAUUUUUCUGAACUUUUCUUCUCUGUAUCACAUUUAUUCUUUAUUUACUAUUUUUAAAAACUUUUAACACUUGGGACAAUAUUUAUUAUAAAUGAUAAGAAAAUCUUAGAGGUUUUUCUACCCACAGUGUCAGUGAAUCUUCUCUGAAAAUUAGUGCGUAAAGUUCCCUGAAGAAAUUGAUCGUAAUUAUCUUUCAGAACUGUUUGAAAACUUGCAGAAGAGUAGUUGUAUCUAUGUAGUAGGAUUUUACCUUGUCCUGCUUCUGUGCUACUAUAUGCUUAGAAAACCUGGAGGAAUGUUUAUCAAAGAGGAGAAGUCAACUCUGAUGGUGGGAUUCUGGGGGAAUUUUUGGCUUUUCUGUUUUCUAUAAUGUAACACUUUUAUAGUGAGUAUGUAUUUUUAUAAUUGAAGAGAAUAAAGAUUAAAACAAAGUGCUUUAA